AUGGCUUUCCUCCGCCCCCUCGGUCUCCGCCUCACAAUCGGUCUAACAGUACCCACUCUCUACGUCUCCCACCAAAUCUUAUUCCCCAGGCGUAGUUAUAUCCUACAAUGUCAAAAUGCACCUUACUUGACAGACAGAAUCAUCGAAGCUAGUCAGGAUGAUCAAAGGUUCAAGUUUAAAAGACGACAUAUUGAAGAAGAUGGGACUGAAAAACGUGGAACUCCGAUCUUUGAUGCUGCACAGUACCGUCAAUUGUCAUUGGGUUCGUUUAGUGGUGUUAUGGUUGGUUAUGUAAUUGGAAGACUAUCGAAGAUGAUUGCAUUCGUAUCCUUAUUGGUCAUUCUGAUGGUUCAGUACAUGGAACGUCAUGGUUAUCACGUUCUUCCGCGUCAAUAUAGAAUAAGAAAGUUCCUCGAAGAAACCGACAUAAAACCAUUGCUCACAGAAAACGCAGCUUUUAAAUAUUCAUUUGCCUCCACUUUCGCCAUCAGCGCCUGGUUUGCAAACUAG